CUGUUGCGCAUUCUUCACUGCAGAUCACCGCUGGUGCUGGGACAGGGCAGCGCCUCUGGUCCUCAAGAGGUGGGAAGAGUUGAUGAAUCUGUGCAGUAAUUUGCAUUUUUACUGGGAUUGAGAUAAAUUCAUAAUAACAAGUACGAUAGGACGUAUCAACGUUGGGAUAUUUCAAGAGUUUCAAGACUGAAGUUCGGAAACUACACUGAAUACCUUGGAAAGUGGUUCUGACGUUGUAUGUGAACAUGACAGACUUCUUAUCAGUAAUGGAUAUAGAGGCAGAUCCAGAGGACAGACUCCAGCCGGACCCCUCCAGUCCACAGAGUCCUCCGCUGGAUUGGAUUGACACGGGGAAGAGCCUGAAGGUGCAGACGGCCAGCCCCCACCUGGUCAGCCUGGGCAGUGGCCGUCUCAGCGUGGCCAUCACACUGCUGCCACUGAGAGAGGGUGUGACUCGUAUCGGGCGUGACGACGCCCCUAUAUCUCAGGACAUCACCAUCGAAGGCCCCGGCAUCGAAGCGGAGCACUGUCUGAUCGAGAACCGGGGAGGAGUCGUGACCCUUGACCCCUGUGGUCACUUGUGUUCCCUUGAUGGCGUUCCGGUGAUCAAACCCACACCUCUCACACAAGGCUACUCUCUCUGUCUGGGUAAAUCCUACUUCUUCCGCUUCAACCACCCCGAGGAGGCCAGUCGGAUGAAGAGCAUGCUGCCGCAGAAGAGCCCGGUGUCCCCGCUGGUCUACAGCACAGACUAUCUGAAGUUCAGCAGUGACUACAGUAAUGUGGUCGGUGGGUCCAGCACGCGGGGCAUGCGCUCGGCGUCGGAGCUGCGUGAGCUGAUGGACACUCUGCAGCGUAAGAAGCAGGCCCUGGAGUCCAGCCUGCGGACCAACGGCGACGCCAGCCCGUCCUACUUCAGCAUGACCCAGUCGCCGCUUCACCCCGCCCCUACCAGGAGCAAGCCCAAGAGGCUUGCACGCCGACCGCCGCCCUGUCCGGCCAAAGUGCCCGCCCACUCCACCAGCAGCAUGCCGCCGCUGCCGUUGCCGCUGCGCGAUCGACCCUCGACCCGUCGCCGCUGCCUACUUCCACGCCGAUCUUCGGGCGCUAACCCGUCCCAGGACAACCUGCUGUCGUCCUCCUCGUCCAGCGACGGCGGCGGCCGGCGUUCGGGCCACUCGGGCUCCUUGCUGUCCAUGUGGAACGGAUCCUCGUCCUCGUCCUCCGCGCCCGACAACGCGCUCCCUCGGCCGCCAGCAGGGGGCGGCAGCGGUGCGGCCAGCAUGCCCUCCAGCCCGCGGCUGGGCAGACGCCACCUGGCGCCGGACGGCUUGGCGUCCUCGUCCUCGGGCCGCAGCAGCGGGGGUCUGGAGCCGACGCCGCGCCACAGGAAGUACUCGGCCGGCUCGCUGUCCGGCAUGGGCGUGGCGGGCAUCAGCAUGAGCUCCCACAGCCGCUCGCUGCCCCGUCUGUACCGUCCGGCCGACGCGCAGCAGCAGCAGGCGCCCCUCAGCCUCCUGCCCCCGCGCCGCUCCUCCGCCGCCUCGUCUGACGCUGCCCACCAGAACGGCCACGGCGAGGUGGUGUCCAUCUCUCUGUCGGCCCGGCCCGUGUCCAAGCGCAGCCUGGUGCCACCCGACGUCACUGUGCCCUCUGCGCUGGCCGCCGCGGCAGUGGUCAUCUCGCCCGCCUCCUCCUCCUCCUCCUCGUCCUCCGCCAACGCCGCCGCCGAGUCCACCACCAGCCCCCGCCAAGCCAAGAAGAUGAGCCUGACCUCCACCAGCAGCUCCUGCUCCGACCUGGACCCCCCUGCCCGCCCCUCCCCGUCCCCUGCCCCUGACCUGGGCUCCGGGCCGGCCGGGGUGGCCCUGGGGCUCGGGGAGAGGCGGACGUCGUUCGGGAAGGCCGGGCUGGGUCCAGCGGGGGGCUUCCGGGAGAGGAAGGGCAGCAUCAGCUCGCUGAGCGGCAAGGAGGAGCUGCAGGACUACCACCAGCGGCAGCGCGACGAGAGACUCCGCGAGCAGGAAGUGGAGAGGCUGGAGCGCCAGCGCCUGGAGACUAUCCUGAGCCUGUGUUCGGACAUGGGUCGCCAGGAGAAGGACCACUCCGCCGUGUCCGACCUGCAGAAGAUCAACAGGGAGCUGGAGAAGCUCCAGGUCUCCGAUGACGAGUCCGUGUUCUCCGAGUCUAGUGGAAUGUCGCCUGAGAACGGCUACGCGCUCAGCUCCCCGGAAUUCCACCACCAGCUUGGCGAGGAGCGGCAGAUCCGCCAUCGACGAAGCAGUGGCCAGAGGGACGUCAGGGCGGAGUCGCCAGCUGUCAGCCUACGAAGUUCUGCCCCUUCUCCUUCACCACGUAUGGCCUGGACGAACAAGGCUCCAGAGCUGGUGGAGGACCUGCACCUGAAGCAGGAGAUGACUCGCAUCGAGGAGGAGAGGAUCCAGGUGCUCAACAACAUGGAGGAGCUGGAGCAGAAGAUCAAAGACCUGGACAACCAGAUGGAGGAGUCAGUCAGAGAGAUGGAGGUGGAGCGAGCUCUGCUGGAAGGGGAGCAUGAGUCGGAGGCGUCCCAGCUGCAGCAGGACAGAGAAGCCUUGGAGCAGCUCAACUACAAGAUGGCCGACCUGGAGAGGAAGCUCCAGACGGAGAAGUCUCAGGAUCUGGCCCUGCUCUCUGAAGAGAGGUCAAAGGUCGAGAAGCUGGCUGAGCUAGUGUCCGAGCAGAGGAGCCAGCUGGACACCUGUCCCGAGGCCAUGAAGGAGCAGCUCCAGCAGCAGCUCUCCAGGGACUCUGAGGUGCUGGAGGUGGAGACCAAGCGUUUCGAGGACCUGGAGUUUCAGCAGCUGGAGAGGGAGAGUCGCCAGGAUGAGGAGAAGGAGACGCAGAUCCAACAAAUCCUACGAGACAUCAGCGACUACCAGCGCAGCACCGUCACAUGCAAGGAGAGACUGCUGACCCUAAAGAAACAGACCUCCCAGAUCUCCCAACAGGCCCAGAAGGAGAAGGAGAGCUUCCUCAACGAGAAGAGCAACCUGCAGCUCAUGCUUCAGAGGGAGAAAGAGAACUUUGCCAGCCUGGAGAGGAAGUAUGCUGACCUCACGGGUGGGCGGAGCUUUCCAGUCAAUCCCAACAGCAUGAAGGAGGACCCGUCUUCGCUGGCUGACGUGUGUCGGUCCAGCUGUGACCCCCCCCUCUCUGGCCACGCCCUCCCCUCCCUCCCUGCCGACCUCUUGGUCAACUCCUCUCUCCUUUCCUCUCUGGCCGCCAAGAGUGCAGAGGGCUAUGUCACGGUCACUGAGCUCAAUGAGCUGUACUCUCAGCUAGGGGAGAACCCUCUCAUGACCUCCGACCCCCCUGUCCCUGCCCCUGCCCUGGCCAUAGCCCCCGCCCGUGCCUCGCCUCCCCCAGAGACCCCCUCGUUCCCUGGGACUGACCCCGAGCUCAGCCCUGGCCUGGGUCCGAGUCCCGACGACCAAACGUGCAACGGAGAGGAAGAGCUCUACAUGUCUCCCUGUCCUUUACCUCUGGCCUGCCCUUCCUCCUCAUCCUCCUCCUCCUCCUCUUCCUCGCGCCCUGUCCCCAUGCCUGUCCCCAAACCGGCCUCGGUGCACUGGCCCGAGGACAUGGUGACCUACGUCAGCCCCUCUCCUCCUCCCGACUCCCCUCCUCCGCUACCUGCCAAAAAACGCAGCAGUCGCCACAGGCAGCACUUCCGCACCCUAGAGGAGAGGAAGAGGAACGGUAAAGACGGUGGCCACCUGAGCGACACACUGCCCCGCAAGAAGAGCCAGUCCAGCAUGAGCCCUCCGUUCAGCUGCUCCACACUGGGCCGCAACGUCUCCAAGUCUCACAUGCCCCUGGUACAGAGCUCAAGCUGUGGCAGCAUGUUGCCCCGCGGGCUCACCGUCUCGUCCAAGGACCUGCAGCCACGCCGUCUCCACAAGGGUCACAGUCAGCAACAGGUCGGGGAGGACCCGCGUCAGAGGCUGACUGACCUGUCGGGGCGCUCCACGUCCCAGACCAACGUCUACCUGGACUCCUUCAGCUACCACGAGGGCAGUAGCCGUGCCUACGACACCCUGAGCGUGGACAGUUCCGAUAGCAUGGAGACCAGCAUCUCCGCCUGUUCCCCCGACAACGUGUCCAGUGCCAGCACGGCCAACAUGAUGAAGAUCGAGGAGAUGGAGAGGCUGCUGAGAGAGGCCCAGGCCGAGAAACACCGCCUACUAGAGCACAGGGAGCGAGAGAUUGAGGUGCGCAGGCAGGCCCUGGACGAGGAGAGGAGGCGUAGGGAGGAUCUGGAGAAGCGACUGCAGGAGGAGACCAGCAGACGACAGAAACUCAUCGAGAGGGAGGUCAAGAUGCGCGAGAAACAGAGGACCCAGGCUCGUCCCCUGACUCGGUACCUGCCCGUCAGGAAGGAUGACUUUGACCUUCGAGGUCACAUCGAGUCGGCUGGACACAACAUCGAGAUCUGCUACCACAUCUCCAUCACCGAGAAGACCUGCCGAGGGUUCCUGGUCAAGAUGGGGGGCAAGAUCAAAACGUGGAAGAAGCGGUGGUUCGUCUUCGACCGCAACCGCAGGACACUGUCCUACUACGCUGAUAAACAUGAGGCCAAGCUUAAGGGAGUGAUCUACUUCCAGGCCAUUGAGGAGGUGUACUAUGACCACCUAAAGAACGCACACAAGAGCCCCAACCCCUCUCUGACGUUCAGUGUGAAGACUCAUGACCGGGUCUACUACAUGGUGGCCCCGUCCCCUGAGGCCAUGCGGAUCUGGAUGGACGUCAUCGUCACCGGAGCGGAGGGAUACACGCAGUUCAUGGUUUAGGGGGGUGUGAGCUGGCCCAGGUGGAGGGAUAUUUCACAGAACCCCUCCCCUGUGAACUUAGAGUUGACUGCAGUCUAGUUAUUUCAGUAUAUGUGUUUAUAUAUUUUAGUAUAUGUGUAUAUAUAUUUUUUAUAUUUUCACGAGGGCUUCAUGCUGUGCCUUAUCACUUCAUACACGUGUCUUAUUCUACAGGUCUAUUUCUUCUGUUCUAAAACCAAAGUGGAUUUUGCAAUCAGAAUAGCUCUGCAAACUUUAAUAAGGUGUUUGCAGAGCUUGCUCUUGCUCUUUCAGUGUGUGUGCGUGCGCGUGAUUUAGUGCACAAGCACACACGCAUAUUGAGCUAAACCGGCGUUCCUACGUGCCUUAAUGAGUGAGUGCCUCCACUACACCAUGAUGUUGGUGGAGAGAUAAGAGUGAGUGUGUGUGUGUGUGUGUGUGUGUGUGUGUGUGUGUGUGUGUGUGUGUUUUCCUGAGGUCAUUUCAGUGUUGUCGUGGUGUUUGGGACAGUGGUCUUUCUCAGGGACAGGACACUCUAACACUAUUUAGCUGGUACUGGUUACAAUUGGAAGUGGGUCACACAUAAAGCUGAAAUCCUCAGAGAAAUGUGUGUGUGUGUGUGUGUGUUGAUGUUUGUGUUUGUGUGUGUGUGUGUGUUGAUGAUUGUGUGUGUGUGUGUGUUGAUGUUUGUGUGUGUGUGUGUGUGUGUGUGUGUGUGUGUGUUUGUGUGUGUGUGUGUGUAUUGGUUUGUGUGUACCUUAGUGUGAUGAGUCUGGUUCAUGAUUUGAAACCCCUUCUAGAGGGACUUCACUGAAACCUGUGGUGCUAAGACAAAUGUAAAUAUCUCAUAUCAAAAUUCAGUGCCUAGGUUACUCAGCUUUAGUCUAGAUAAUGUUGAUAUAUAUUUUAAAUAGCACUCCUUAAUACAUCAAAAUAUGUACAUCAGAAUUUAUUGUAUUGUAGUUUUUAUUCAGAACUGAUCAAAAUUGUCAUAAUUUUUAAAGCCUUUUUGUAAGUACCAUGUUAGAUUUGAUACAGAAUGCUUUACCCCUGAAGUGUCCGUGUGGUGUAGUUUUACUUGCUGGAUAUUUUUAUGUGUAAAAGGCAACAAGAAAAAUAGAAUUACUUUUGUAUGAACUUCCCACUGGGGUGCCAAUUAGAGGUUUCUGUUAGUUUUGUGUAUAAAAACGGAUCUGUUUGUAAGAGCAGAUUUUAAAUAUACUCUGCUGGUUUGUAUUCUUAUCUGUGAGGGGUGCCAUGUACUUCACUUUUACUUCUGCUACUCUGUGUAAACGUCAAAGUGCAAAGAGAACAUUUUCAUUCUGGUUGCCAAAUAUUUAGAUAUAUUUAAGUGCUAAGAGCUUUAAGUGAUUUUAUAUUUUUUUUUUUUGCACAAUUGUAUUUUCAUGUACAAUUGUUCAAUCAUGUCUAAGAUGUGUUGUCCACUGUUUGUUUGUGUAUAAGCUUCAAUUAUGCAACUUUCAACCUGUAGGGGGCAGCAACUACCUUCCAGACCCUCAUAGCCAAGGGCAGCCUUUGUUCAGCUGAUCCAGUUUUUACAUCAGUAGAAUUUGCUCAGUUUUUUAUAGAAAUAUUUAUAUUGUUAAUCAUGCAUGCAUCUUUAUUUUUUUCAAUCAAGAAAUAAAGUGAGAGCAUAACAUGCA